UAACAAAACCAACAUAGUGCAUGAAGUCACAACAAAUUACAUACCUGCUUUGCGAUCAGGUACGCAAUUUCAUAUGAUGUUGUGAGGAUCGGUUUGUUAAUGGGUACAAAUCAAAGAGCAGGCAGAGUGGCCUUAUCUUAGAAUUUGGCUUUGUUCACCUUGAAUUCAGCAAACAUUGAGUUCAUAUAUUCCUCAUCUCCAUGCAGCUUUUCGAAGUGUUCCUUUAGUUUUGCUAGUGCGAGGCUAGAGUUGCUCAACUUAGCAUUGCAAAUCAUGCAGCUAGGAUGCUGACUCCAAUCCCGUUCUAUGAUACAUAAGAAUCCAUAUUGUAUAUAUUCGUCCGACCGCUUUGUUUUUGCUCGACGUAGUUAGUAUGGAUUAAAAUAUGUAGAAAGUAAAUAUACGACAUACUCUGAUGACUUUCAGACGUAUCACUCCUGAGUGCACUAAAUUCUUCGCAACACUGAUUGGCCAAGCAUUGUCACGUGAUCAUCUGCAGCCAGUGAUGGCCAAGCAGGGCAUGCCAUCGCGUAUAGACGUGAUGAGUUGGUGUGUCUUGACCUCAGCGGCAGAGGCUCCACCGAACCCCUGAAACCGACUCACCAAACCCCUAGGAUUCAAUCGAACCCAGGUUAAGAACCACUGUUCUAAGGGGUGUACUCACUUUUGUUGCCAGGGGUUUAGAUAUUAAUGGCUAUAUUUUGAGGAGAAAAUAAAUUAACUCUAUUAUAUAAGCUGCACACAGACUACUUUUCAUUGUGUCAUUUUGUCAGUGUUGUCCCAUUAAAAGAUAUAAAUAUCUGCAGUAAUGCGAGGGGUGUACUCACUUUUGUGAUACGUUGUAACAUGACAUGAAAUGUCAAUAUCAUCUAUAUGAUUUACACUUUUGUGAUACUUUGUAACGUGACAUGAAAUGUCAAUAUCAUCUAUAUGAUUUAAAUGGUCAGAACAGUUUCCCUCAAGCUGUUUGUUCCCUUUUUAGCCAGACGAUCAAAGUAGGUCAUCAUGGAGGUCUAUUGCCAAGUCCUGUGAUGUCGGCGAACAUUUUUCCCCCUCUGAAAUAAUUACCAAAUCGCUAGCUUCCAAUACCAAUUGUUCUCUAUCAAGUGUUUGUUUGCUUGUGCUGGUAUGUGAAUUUUGGCCAUUUCGUAGCAUAAAGUCAAACCCACGAAUUGUUGGCUUGUUGUUGGGAUGCUGAUGCACACUCAGAAGGUUAAUCACCGCCUGCCAAACAGGCGUUGGUUGGUCAAUGUGUUUACACUUCCUACCAACACUGGGAUUUGUGCUGAAUGUAGGCCAGCAGAAUCACGCUUACGUCAAAUGCAGGCAGGCAGGCAGGCAAGCAGGCAGAUGCAGGGAGAGAGCAGCUGGUGGUUGUGCAGCUGUGGCCAAGGAGGAGUCUGUGGCGCACAUCAGUUUGCCAGAGCACCGCUGGCGGUGAUCAGGGAAAGACACCGAUAAGAAGAGAAGCAAAGUGCCAGAAAUGAAGACCGUUCUGAGCCUGCACAGGAAAUGGGCCCACGCGGUCAAAACCAUACGUAUUCUGCAGGGACUCAACCCCGUCAUGGAGGAGACGGUCUGGGAACAGUACACAGUGACCCUGCAGAGGGAUCCAAAGAUGGGUUUUGGCAUCGCUGUAUCAGGAGGGCGAGACAACCCAAAUGAGGAGAGUGGCGAGACAUCCAUUAUCGUGUCUGAUGUCCUGCAAGGAGGACCAGCUGAUGGCUUGCUGUUUGAGAAUGACAGAGUGGUGCAGGUGAACGCCAUUCCCAUGGAGGGGGUAAUUCAUUCCUUCGCCGUCCAAACCCUCAGAAAGUGUGGCAAAGUUGCAAAAAUUACUGUCAAGAGAUCAAGAAAGGUUCCUGUAAACGUCAUGAAUCGUCCCGGAUCACCUGAUGAUCGCGUUUUCAACAAUGACUACGCUGAUGACUACAACUACGACCAGGAUCGUCGCAGUGUGUACAGCAACAGACAGGACCACAGUCUAGAGAGGGAACAAGGUGGCUACAUGGAUUCUGGCUAUCAAACACGUGAGCGUGAUUACGACCGGAACUAUGACAGACGAGAACGGGGCAGGAGCACGGAGAGAGACCUGAGCCCCGACCAACAUUACAAGAGAGAUGGUAGCAGAGGUCGUACCUUGGACAGAGAACGUAGCCCCGAUCGCCAUCACAGAAGCGAUCACAUACUCAACCGUGACUAUAGCCCGGACAGAAGGUACCGCAGCGAGCGCACGUUAGACCGAGACAACAGUCCUGAUCGGCGUUACCGCAGUGAGCGGGCCCUCGACCGUGACUACAGCCCGGACCGGCGCUAUCGUAGUGAGCGUGCGCUUGACCGCGCCAACAGUCCUGACCAGCGCUACAGACGGGACAGCCGUAGCCCGGGCCGCAGCCGUGGCCGUAACCACAGCUUUGAACGAGGACGAGAACGAAAUCCCAGCGAUUCAAGAAAAUAUGAUGAGCCUCUAAAGAGAGGCAGUAGCAGGGACCGACUGGAGCGUUCACCGUCACCCGCCGCCAUGCCCAUUCCUAUGCCACGUCCUGCUCGAGAACUGGAGCCACUGGAGAAACCUGUGAAUGUUCUGCUGCUCAAGAACCGUCCGAACGAAGAGUAUGGCCUUCGUCUAGGCAGUCAGCUCUUUAUCAAAGAGAUGACCAGCACAGGGCUUGCCAGCAGAGACGGAAACCUACAGGAAGGAGACAUAAUCCUUAAGAUCAAUGGAACAGCGACUGAAAACCUGUCUCUCAGCGACGCAGGGAAACUGAUUGAGAAGUCACGUGGCAAGCUGCAGCUGGUGGUCCAGAGAGACAGGCAGCAAGUGCUGAUCCGAGUCCCGCCUAUGGUCGACAGUGACUCAGAGCUUGAUGACAUUUCCGAGAUAGAAUCAUAUCGCUCCUACUCUCCACAAGAUGAAAGACGAGGUCAUCAUUCAGAUCUUUCUUCCCACUCCUCCAAUGAAAGGCUCCGAGAGAAGCCAAGAGAGGAUGCGCCUAAUAGGUUAGCUAAAAUGGGUGCGAUGCCAACCCCAUUCAAAGGUCUUGAACGAGCUGUGGAAGAAACGCAGCCGUUGCCUGCUGAGAGGGAGGAGCCACGGUCAUCAACACCACCAACGAUCACAGUUGGCCCAAAGAUUCACGCACCACCUAAAGUGCCACUCAAGCCAAGCAAGGAGGACCAGGAAGUAUACGGGCCAAACACUUUGAUGGUCCGUUUUCAGAAAGGUGACAGCGUUGGUAUGAGGCUUGCAGGUGGCAACGAUGUUGGCAUCUUUAUUGCGGGGGUUCAGGAAGACAGUGCAGCUGAACAGCAAGGUCUUCGCACCGGAGAUCAGCUUGUAAAGGUGAACAACAUGGACUUCAGAGGUAUGGUCCGAGAAGAUGCCGUACUUUAUCUCCUCGAAAUUCCCAAAGGAGAAGAUGUGACCAUCCUUGCACAGAGCAAACCAGAAGUUUACAAAGAUAUUUUAGCAUCUGGCAGAGGCGACUCAUUCUUCAUCAGAACCCACUUUGAGUAUGAGAAAGAGGCCCCUCAGAGCCUGCCUUUUACCAGAGGAGAAAUUUUCAAAGUUACUGACACGCUGUAUGAUGGCAAGCUGGGCAACUGGCUGGCAGUGCGCACAAACAAAGAAAACCAGUUGUUGGAGAAGGGCAUCAUUCCUAAUAAAAGCAGGGCAGACCAAAUGGCUAACGUCCAGAAUGCUGCACGAGCUGCUUCAGGUAACGACCGAGGUGACUUCUGGAGACUUCGAGGACAAAGAGCAGCUAAGAAAAAAGAUCUUCGCAAGAGUCGAGAGGAUCUGAGUGCAGCACCAGUUGCCACUCGAUUCCCAGCCUAUGAGAGAGUUGUCUUGCGUGAAGCUGGUUUCAAGAGACCUGUGGUCAUAUUUGGGCCUAUUUCUGAUGCUGUGAAUGAAAAACUGGCCAAAGACAUACCUAACGAGUUCAUUAUUGCUAAAACUGAGCCAAAGGAUGCAGGGAGUGAGAAGUCAGCUGGAGUCGUGAGACUGAACACAAUUCGGCAAAUUAUUGAACAGGAAGCGCAUGCGCUGCUGGAUGUGACUCCUAAAGCUGUUGACACCUUGAAUUACACCCAGUGGUAUCCCAUCGUCAUCUUCCUGAAUCCAGACAGCAAGCAGGGAGUCAAGACCAUGAGAAACCGCCUCGUCCCUGCAUCCACCCGCAGUGCACGCAAACUAUAUGAGCAGGCUGUUAAAUUGAGAAAGACAUGCUCACACCUUUUCACUGACACCAUUGACCUCAACUCUGCCAACGAUGCCUGGUAUGGCAGUGUGAAAGAUUCAAUUCGGGAGCAGCAGGACAGAGCUGUUUGGGUCUGUGAAGGCAAGUUGGAUGGUUCAGAAGAGGAUCUAGAUCUCCAUGACGACCGAAUGUCCUACCUGUCAGCAAUGAGCGCAGACUACCUAAGCAUGGACAGCCGUCUGACCAGCGACUACGACGACACAGCCGACGAGGGUGGGGCUUACACCGACAACGAGCUGGACGAGCCAAUGGACGAGCAACACCCUGUUUCGGCCAUCAGUCGUUCAUCGGAACCUGUGCUUCCCGACGACAAGCCCCACCCUGAACCCCGGACACGUAUGAGAAGGUCAGGCAGCAGAGAGAAACUAAAUAGAGAGCCUAGUCCUCCCCCUGCUUUUGUCCCUGAACCCCCAAAGGUGCGUGCUCAGACUCGGACUGACUCAUCACGCAGCUAUGACUCGCACUCCAGCAGCACCAUCAGCAGCGACGCAAUGGGCGGGGGGAAGCCGCUGCCCCCUCCGGUGGCCCUGAAGCCCACCAUUGCCCGCCUCAACCAGAUGUCAGAUGAGCAGAACUCAGAGAAGGAGGAGGACCCUGCCAACAAAUCCUUCUUGGGCAAGCAAAUGGGGGAUCAGAUUAAAGCCUUUGAGAAGAUGGACCACCUGGCUCGUGCACAGAGGAUCCUCGAACUGCAGGAAGCCGAAAGUGCUCGAUUGGAAAUCGCCCAAAAGCACCCGGACAUCUAUGCAAUCCCAGUCAAACAGCCCAAACCCAAUCUUAAUCGUCCUCAGCCAAUAGGUUCCAGCUCCAACCCGGAGCCACAGACUCCAUCCAGGCAGCAGUACUCUGAGAGUAGAGCUCACGAAGACGACGAUGCAGAGUACCGCAGGCAACUGGCCGACCAUAACAAGAGAGGCUACUACAACCCUCAGAAAUACAAGGACACUGAGUUGUAGUCCAACAAAGGUGUAUACAGUAUGACAUAAUUAUUCUACACUGUCUCUGACAAAAUGCACUGGACUUGCCUGGUAAUGGCUGACCAACAUACUGUCGGCUGUUGCUUCACCUCAAAAACCUCGCUGUAAUUUUUGUGGCAUGCACUUCCUGGGACAUGUUGGGUUCAGACACAUUUACCUUAUUGUGCGCGAUCAACCAGGUAAGCCCCCCACAUACACGUUUCCACCUGUCAUUUGUUACUCUCAUUGUAUAUUAUUAUUUUGUGACCAUGUAAACAUAAUUUAGUUAAGAGUUGAGCUUCCACUUUUGUAUAAUAGUUGGACCUGGUGACCCACGGACCACUUUCUAGACAAGAUGUCAUGUUUCCUAAUAUAGUGUGCUCGCUAAUGCCUUUUCACUUAUAAGUCCGUUUUUAAAGUAUAGAGUAUAUUGUAUGAACUCUCAAGUUAAGAAAAAUUGGGCAUUUUAAUGGGUGCAUAUUACGGUAUACAGAGAGCUAUUGUCCAUAGUUUCGAUGCCACCAUGAAUAGCUGUGCUCAUCCACAUAGAAAUUAAGGUCAGUCACGUGAUUUCUUGCGUACCUCGACACAACUUUACAUUGGGGAACACUGCAUUCUGGAAUAACAGUACAUGUUCGAGUGCCUUGUCUUAAAAACAUAUUUGAAAAAUAAUGCAUCCUAAUGAUUGCAGAUGGACAGAACAUCAAAAAUGGUCUCAUCUGAGAAAAUCUGAGUAGUUUGAGGUAACUACCCUUUUUGUCUUUCCACGUCUGCUCCUGCUGCUUUGGAAGCAUGCGCUCGUCUCAGUGAAAAAUUUAAUAAAAUAUGGAAGUGACUGUUUAAUACCUAUUUAUAGCUUAUAGGUCAUCAUGUUAAAAUAUUAAUGAAAUGAACAUUUUAUUUUUCUUAGAAAUCGGUGUUAUUUUUGGUGCCAGUGGAUCAAGUACUGUAUGCGGUAACAGAUUUGACCAAAGUUAAAAUAACAUUUAGGUUGGACUUCUCGGACUGCAUUUAUAUUCUGUCUUUUCAAGCUUCUCGCAACUACAAACAGUUCUAUAGUUUUUAUAAAGUAUAUUCGUAAGUCAAAUUAAUUAAUUGUAUGUGGUGAAGACAAUCAUGGUGGUUUAUUUUCUUUGAAAUGUUUUUUUUUUUUUUUUAGUUUGUGUUGCACACUCUAGAUUUCAAAUAAAUAUUUUUUUUACAGA